GGUUGGCUGUGUUCGCGUCUCCGUCCCAAUUGGCGGCAAGUCCCGCCCUUACCCAAAGAAAGCAAGAAGCCCUCGUAACCCUGCGAACUGGCUUCUGGGCGAAUCAGCCACACUUGACCACUUUACCACGGCGCCCCGACACGACCACUCCUUUUACUUUCUUCCACCUGUAUUUUCUUCUCCCCACCGCCCUCCUUCACCUCGACUCCGUCCUCGAUCUCACCUGCUGAUGCGCAUGCCCCGCGUCUCAGAUCCGUUCGUUUCCCUAUAAACCGUUUCCGGGGAAGACACGCGCCGAGUGUCCGGCACCGCCAUCUGGGCUACGCUUCACGCCUUCACCCACGCCCACGCCUACGCCUCCCCCACACUUGCACUGUCGCAUUGAGCAGGCAAAGUGGAGGGCCCCAACCCCGCUAAACACAAGCACCCGUCUGAGCAGCAGCCUCAGGGCCGGAACGCCAUGGCCGGCAGCCAGCGGUACAUCCGCUACAUCGUCUUUGCGGUAGUGGCUCUCGUCCUCCUCUACUUCAUCGGCUCCUCCUCGUCUGUGCCUUCUGCAAGCUGGCCAGUCUACCAGGACACAAAGUCGCCCGCGACUCCCCAGGGCAAUGCUCCCGUCGCCAGCGAUGACGUCCAGCAGGUCACGACUCCUACCACGCCCAACCAGCAGAAGCUCCCACCCGCCACUAUCCCCGGCGACCGCAUGAACGCAACUUUUGUCACCCUCGCCCGUAACUCCGACGUCUGGGAGAUUGCCGAGUCCAUCCGCCAAGUCGAAGACCGCUUCAACCGCAAGUUCAACUACGACUGGGUCUUCCUCAACGACGACGACUUCAGCGACGAGUUCAAGAAGGUCACCACUGCGCUCGUGUCCGGCACCACCAAGUACGGCAAGAUUCCCACGGAGCAUUGGUCCUUCCCCGAAUGGAUCGACCAGGACAAGGCCGCUAAGGUUCGCGAGACCAUGAAGGAGAAGAAGAUCAUCUACGGCGACUCCAUCAGCUACAGGCACAUGUGCCGCUACGAGUCUGGCUUCUUCUUCCGCCACCCCUUGAUGCUCGACUACGAGUGGUACUGGCGUGUCGAGCCCAGCGUCAAGCUCUACUGCGACAUCAACUACGACACCUUCAAGUUCAUGGCCGAGAACAAGAAGAAGUACAGCUUCACUCUCAGUCUCUACGAAUACGUCGAGACCAUCCCCACCCUCUGGGAUGCCACCAAGAACUUCACCAAGCACUACCCCCAGCACAUCGUCAAGGACAACGCCAUGAAGUUCCUCAGUGACGACGGCGGCGAGACCUACAACCACUGCCAUUUCUGGUCCAACUUCGAGAUUGGCAACCUCAACUGGCUCCGUUCCGACGCAUACAUUGACUUCUUCACCUCUCUUGACCACGCAGGCGGUUUCUUCUACGAGCGAUGGGGCGAUGCCCCCGUACACUCCAUUGCCGCAGGUCUGCUACUACAAAAGGACGAGAUCCACUUCUUCAACGACAUUGCCUACUACCACGUCCCCUUCACGCAUUGCCCGACCGGUGAGCAAUACCGCCUCGACCACAAGUGCUCUUGCAACCCCAAGGACAACUUUGACUGGAAUGGAUACAGCUGCACAUCCCGCUUCUACGAAAUGCAAGGCAUGGAGAAGCCAGCAGGGUACGAAAAGGAGCAGUAAUAAGUGCUCAAUCUCACUUCAGUCCUACUUCAAUCUGACACCUUGAUUUCAUCUAUCGCUCUUGGCACACUAGUCUGACUGUUGGUCAAGUGCACCCCUUUCGACGUCAGCCAAGGUUUGGCGUGUGCUGAAAAUUGUCUUCUUCGUUCUCGCAAUUCUGACUCUACUUGGGACAUGCAUUGCAAGAGGGCGGCGACCUAAAGGGCGCUUUCUCGAUCAAGGAAAAUCU